CUAAAUUCUUUUGACUUUGACGCUCAAUGUUAAAAUUAUCUAAUUUUAUUGGUGGAGAAUUUGCUUCUCUCGAAGAAAAUUUAUAUAUUGAUAAUUAUGAUCCUUCAAUAGGAAAAGUUUAUGCACAAAUUCCAGACUCUUCAGAACAUGAAAUUAAUUUGGCAGUCGAAGCAGCCCAAAAAGCUUUUCAUACAUGGUCAAAGACGCCAUGCUCAACAAGAGCUCAAAUAAUGUACAGAAUAGCUGAUAUUCUUGAAUCAAAAUUGGAUGAAUUCGCUAUGGCAGAAUCUAAAGAUCAAGGAAAAACUUUGGAAUUUGCAAAGAAUGUCGAUAUUCCUAGGUCAAUAUAUAAUUUUAGAUAUUUUGCUGGACAUAUAUUACAUAUGGAAGAAAAAGCUACUGUUAUGGAUAAUGGAUAUUUGAAUUAUGUUCAAAGAUCUCCUUUAGGUGUUGCUGGGUUAAUUUCCCCGUGGAAUUUACCUUUGUAUCUUUUAACUUGGAAAAUUGCUCCUUGUAUUGCAGCUGGUUGUACCUGUGUAGCCAAACCUAGUGAAUUUACUAGCGUGACUGCAUACAUGCUUUGUGAUAUUUUCAAACAAGCUGGUUUGCCUGAGGGUGUAGUCAACAUGGUAUUUGGCAAAGGACCAAAAGCCGGACAGGCGCUCGUGUCUCAUCCUAAAGUACCGUUGAUUUCCUUCACUGGCGGGACGGUAACAGGGAAAAAAUUGAAUGAAACUUGUGCACCAUUAUUCAAGAAGGUUUCUUUGGAACUAGGCGGAAAGAAUGCUAAUAUAAUAUUUGAAGAUUGCGAUUUUGAAAAAGCAGUUGACACAAGCAUAAGAGCCGCAUUUUCUAAUCAAGGAGAGAUAUGUUUAUGUGGAUCACGAAUAUUUGUUCAAAAAUCAAUUUAUAAAAAGUUUCUAGAAUCUUUUGUUCCAAAAGUACGUCAAUUAGUUGUUGGGGAUCCAAGAGAUCCUAAAACUAAAGUUGGUGCAUUGAUUAGCAAACAACAUAUGGAAAAGGUCCUUGGAUAUAUUGAAUUAGCGAAGCAAGAAGGUGGUGUAAUUGAAUGCGGAGGGGAAAGGAAACAACUUGAUGGAGAAUUUAGCGAUGGGUACUUUGUUGAACCUACUGUAAUCACAAACAUCAAGCCAUCUUGUAGGGUUGCACAGGAAGAAAUUUUUGGGCCAGUUGUUACUGUACACCCAUUUGAAACUGAAGAGGAAGCAAUCGAUUUAGCCAAUAAUAAUCAGUACGGCCUAAGUUGUUCUGUCUGGAGUGAAAAUGGAAAGCGUGCACGUAGAGUUGCAGAAUCUAUUCAAGUUGGAUAUGUUUGGGUUAAUUGUUGGAUGGUUAGAGAUUUAAGAGUACCUUUCGGAGGGGUGAAACAAAGCGGUAUUGGAAGAGAAGGUGGUGAAUAUAGUAUGAAUUUUUUCACAGAACAGAAAUCUAUUUGUUUGGCAAAUUAAUUUUUAGUUGGUAUAUGCUUUCCAUUAAAACAAUAAUUGCUGUUUCAGAUAAGAAAUUGAUAGAGUUGCAUUCACAUUAUUAAACCUUUUAUCUAUUAAAUUGCUAGUUUGUAAAUAGAUUUCUAAAACGUAUAAUUACAUAAAUAAUUCUAUCAAGAUAUAAAAAGACUUGCAAUAACCUUAUACUCUAAAAUGUUCUUGAAAAUUACCAAAUAUAAAAUGUUCUUG